UGAAGGUUGCAGAGAAACCACGCAAAUACAUAUAUCUAUAUAUAUGAGAGAGAGAGCGUGUUAUCUUCGUCAGAGAUAAUAGAAGAAGAAAUAUAAAACGAAGAAGCUUCUGUCGUUCGUUUCGUGAUUUCGCCCUCAUUCCCGUCUCUCUCUCUCAGGAACUAAGAAAAGGGUUUGACUCUCUAAGAGAGUUCUGACUUUGCUGCUGACAGAAUAUAUAUAGGUGUUCGGGCUGUCAAUAACGUCAUAUUGGCAGCCCGAUUUUCUUGGACGGAGUCUUUAAACUCACAUCAGGGAUUUUAAUUCUGGCUUUUGGGUAUUUGUGUAUAUGAGGUAUACUUUGGUUUUGGUAUGAGAGAUUUUGAUCUUGGCCACCAUCAUGGGUUUCUUGAAUGGAAUCCUUCAAAGACCUGUAGUCACUGGUGCGGUAGUCACUGCUGCUGCUGUCGCGAUUGCUUCUGUUUCUACCAAUUUUCAUGAUAAGUUGCAGCUUCCUAAAUCACCAGAUAUUUGUUCUUUCUUAGAACAAUUGAAUCCUUCAGUUUCCGAUUCAUUACAAGAAACAAAGUCAUCGUGGGUGUCUAACAUAUUGGUUUCUAAGCUUACCAACUUUUCUUUAAUUACUAGAGUUUCAAUACCUUUUCCUAACGUAAACCACCCAAUUCCUAGUACGGGUUGUAAUCUUUUUCCAAAAAAUUACUCUGCUUCUAUUGCUCCUUCCCCUGUGCUCCUCAACUUGUAUCAGUCCGCAGAGUUGGCAAAAAGUCCGAAGCCAACUGCUUAUAAUCAUGCUAGCAUCAGGACUUCUAGCUCGUCCUCAGAGGGUCUGUACAGAUGGCAUUUACCAGAGCCUAAUGCUGUUGAUAUAUCAGGGAAUUCUGAUUGCUCAGCAGCAAAGACGAAGACGGUAGUGGUUUUACUUGGAUGGUUAGGAUCGAAGCAGAAGCAUUUAAAAAGAUAUGCAGAGUGGUACACCUCAAGAGGGUAUCAUGCCAUUACAUUUACUUUUCCUAUGGCUGAGAUUCUUAAUUACCAGGUUGGUGGAAAAGCUGAAGAGCACAUAGACUUGCUUGUAAACCAUCUGGCUGAUUGGUUGGAAGAGGAGUAUGGGGAGAAUUUGGUUUUUCAUACUUUUAGCAACACAGGCUGGUUAACAUAUGGAGUUAUUUUGGAGAAGUUUCAGCAGCAGCAGGAUCCGACACUGAUGGGAAGGAUUCGGGGUUGUAUUGUGGAUUCUGCUCCGGUAGCUGUUCCUGACCCACAGGUCUGGGCUUCAGGAUUCUCUGCCGCCUUUCUGAAAAAGCAUAGCAUUGCAACAAAAGGAUCCAUGAGCGCUAAAGAAGCAGGCGAUGAGGUAUCAGUUGGCACCAAAAGUUUUGUUGAAGCCAAACCUGCAGUAACUGAGGCUGCGUUGCUGCUAGUUUUAGAGAAGUUCUUUGGGGUGGUUUUGAAUCUUCCUACAGUAAAUCGGAGGCUCUCUGAUGUGCUGGGCUUAUUGACAUCAGGACAACCAAGCUGUCCACAGUUAUACAUUUAUAGUUCUGCAGAUAGAGUCAUUCCUGCAGGGUCUGUGGAGUCUUUCAUAGAAGAGCAGCGGAAGACUGGGCGUGAGGUCAGGGCUUGUAACUUUAUCUCUACGCCUCAUGUUGAUCACUUCCGAAAUGACCCAAAUCUAUAUACUUCUCAGCUCACUCAGUUUUUGGAGAAUUGCGUACUCACUUGUUGCAAAUCUUAAAUAAACUUGUAAAACAGAAAAGAAAAGGUCUUUAUAAACGUUUAACCAUGAUUCUUGGUCUCCCAUUUCCCCACAAAUUUCAUACGUAUACAUCUUUAUAUUUAAUUCGUUGGUGUAGAGGUCCAACGCAAGAGGAGGAAUAAUUCUUUUUUUUUUUUUCACCCUGUUGUACUCUGUUGUAUACGGAACGAAGUUAUGCAAAUAUAUAAACAGUUCAUCUUACUCCAA